GCAGAAUACAACCCGACUAAAAAUGUCUGUAAAUAUACGGUGCGCGACUACGGAAGAUCUGCUGAAUAUACAGCAUUGCAAUUUGCAGUGCUUACCCGAAAAUUAUCAGAUGAAAUAUUAUCUGUACCACGCUCUGUCGUGGCCACAGCUGAGUUACGUGGCGGAGGACGAGAAAGGGAGGAUAGUGGGAUACGUGCUCGCCAAGAUGGAAGAGGAUUGCGAGGACAAUCCCCACGGGCACAUCACCAGUCUCGCCGUAAAGCGUUCCCACCGAAGGCUCGGCAUCGCGCAGAAGUUGAUGAAUCAGGCCUCACGGGCGAUGGUGGAGUGCUUCGGGGCGAAAUACGUUUCGCUGCAUGUGCGCAGAAGUAAUCGGGCAGCUCUGAACUUGUACACGAGUAGCUUGCAGUUCGAGGUGUCGGAGGUAGAGCCGAAAUAUUAUGCGGACGGCGAGGAUGCUUAUGCUAUGAAGCGAGACCUCACCAGCUUCCAUCACGAGAAGGCUCUUCGCGAUAGAGCGCACAAGGAGGGCAAUGUUCACACGCACCUAGGUAGAUGCUGCGGCGAUCACUCUUAGUCCAUUCAUCAUUGCUGCUGGCGAAACCGGAUUUGAUUUUUAAAUUCACAUACGAAUCAUGAUACGAAUCUGAAAAUAAAACCUGCCGCAAGUCGUUUGCCAAGAAAUGACUGGAGAUCAUGCCUGAGACUACGUGUGUCUCAGGGCUUAUUAAAACUAAUGAAUACUUUGUUAUUUCUUGCGUGGGGCAAGAGCUUCCACUUCUACGGCGAAGCUUGACUUGGUAAAAAUAUUUUAUAUGCGACUGAAGGACAAAAGUUGUUAAAGUUUGCAUGAUGGAGUAAGGUUAGACUUUUGGGGGACUGUUGUAUUUUUCAGUUUACGCAAUGCGCAAUGUAAUUAAGACUAUAAAUUAAGACUAUAAAUUGACUUAUAAAUACAUGAGAAAUAAAGAAUUCUGGACAGUCUAA